ACCACUACUACUACUACUACUACACUAGCAAGUAUUAAACCUGGGAAAAAACAACAACGUUGUAUCCUGUAAUAUAACUUGUAUAUAUGAGUAUUUAUAUAUAUGUGUUUUGUAUUAUAUUAUAUAGGAGUGGUAGUGGUGUAGUGGUACCGUUUCAACAGCAGGCAGGAGCAGCGUUCCAAAGCCAAGCGAUUAACGACGACGCGAAAACUGCCGCAUCGCUGUGAUAAUAAAUCCACAUAUUUAAAUAAAUAAUUAUCUUUAUAAAUAUACACACAUUUAUGAGUAUUAGUUGACGAGCAGUGCCGAUAGCUCACUAGUGCAAUCGAUCCUCGAUAUUUCCUGGUAAAUAUACUAAUUUAUUAAACAAACCAGCCAGCCAGCCGUCAGUCAUAAUGUCGACAAAAAGAAAAAAUACUUCAACAAAAAAAAAUAAGAAUAAGUCGAAGAAAGUCGAGUAUGAUGAGGAAGAUAUUUCAAGUGAGUCUGAUCUUGAUGAUGCCGACGCCGGCUCUAAUGCUGACGGAGCCGAAGACGCCACCGCCGAGGAAGAUCUAACUGAUGUUUCCAAUAUUCCGGAACUGAGAGCUCCUGAGGGAGGAUGGGGUAAACCUGGGACACUGCUGAUGUGCGGGUUAACUAAUUGGGAGAUGGCCGGUCGUAAAGCUCCUCCAAAAGGUGUCAAGGCAAACGUCGGAAAGAGCCUAUGGACACCUCACACAUUUAAAAAUUUAAAUGGAUCAAGAGUAAGACUGGUUGCAUCGGGACCAUCAUCUUCACACAACAUCAUUGUUACUGAAGACAAUAGAUGUUUGGCAUUCGGUAAAAAUGACAAAGGACAGCUGGGAGUUGGAGAUGUGAAAAGGCGCGAUGAUCCAACAGAAAUAGAGGCCCUAAAAGGCCACACGAUUAUCGCAGCAUCAUGUGGACGCAAUCACACAUUGUUUUUAACUAGUCGUGGUAUAGUAUUUGCAGCUGGUGACAAUAAACUAGGUCAGUGCGGAGUUGGAAAGUCUGACGCUUGCAUAGUUACUGCCACAAAGGUCAAAUACACUGGAGGUGCUCCUAUUGUAAAAGUUGGCUGUGGCGCUGAAUUUUCCAUGAUCUUGGACAUCAAAGGUGGUCUCCAUUCCUUCGGAAGCCCUGAGUACGGUGCACUUGGUCACAAUACCGAUGGGAAAUACUUCAUCACAAAUUCUAAAAUGGCAUUUCACUUUGAAAAAGUCCCCAAGAGGAUCGUUCUCUAUGUCGAGAGGAGUAAAGACGGUCAUGUGAUACCGCUAGACCGAGUUGAAAUCACAGACUUCAGCUGCGGCUACCAUCACACUGUCGCUAUUGACAGCAAGAGCCGGGCAUUUUCCUGGGGCUUCGGCGGUGUUGGACGUCUGGGACACAACGAGCAACGUGAUGAACUGGUACCGCGUUUGAUUAAAUUCCUGGAGCCUCCUAGUCGUGGUGUUCGAUCCGUCCAUUGCGGCAGUACUUACAGUAUUGCUAUAAACGUUCACGGUACUGCUCUGAUGUUUGGCCAAACUAAACGAACCGGUGAAGCCAACAUGUAUCCGAAACCGAUUCCUGAUCUGUCUGGUUGGGAGAUUCGGUGCGUAGGUGUAUCACAAACUAGUGUCGUUGUAGCUGCUGACGAAUCUGUCAUUGCCUGGGGCGCUAGUCCUACUUACGGUGAACUAGGCUUCGGUGAAAUGCGAAAAUCCUCGACUACACCGAUGGAGGUCAAGGCGCUGGAAGGCCUCUACAUAACAGCUAUAACUUGUGGACUUUCCCACACAUUAAUGAUUUGCAGAGAUGAGUCUGAAGAAGAAAAAGCUAAAUUAGCAAACCUGGAAGUAUACUCCGUUUAAGGUGACCAUUGUAUCUCACACUCUCACAUUUUUUAAUCUUCAUUUAAAAUCCUCCGGCAUUAAUAAUACACGGUCAUUACGCUUAUAAAUUGUCCUUUUAAAGCGUCAGAUCUCAAGCACAACAGACUAAAAAAUUUAUCACUAAAAAAAUUACCAUGGAAUUGAUAAAAUUGAAUAGAUUGUGCUGUUGACGCCAAAUGACCCAUGACAAAUUUUUAAGAACACUAAGUAAAAAUAAACUGAGAAUGAAUUAUAUUAAUCAAACAAUUAAUUUUACAUUUUUAUAGGAAAUAAAAAUUUAAAAAAAAGCAGAAUAGUGCUAAAACGGGGUCAAAGCAUUACAUCGAUUACUUUAUCAAUUGAACACAUUAAUAGUAUUUUUAAUUGGAUAGAUGCUGAGAAAAAACAAAUCAUACAUAUUUAAUAAUAUGUUACUAUUUUAUAAUCAUUACGCAGAUUUACUGUAAUUUUUUCAUUGCUCGACAUGUCACUCCAGUGAUUGUAGUUUUUUUAAACUUUACUUUUAAUUUCUUAUUUUAUUUUUUUCUCAAGUGUCGUCAUUGGACUGUUACUCAUAUUGGCUUUUAUUUUAUUAUUAUUAUUAUUAUAAUUAUUAUUAUUCUUAUACUUAUUGUAUCCACGCUCUCGGCAUCGUCCUACACAAUGCGCAGGUACCUGAGUCGUUGGCGUUUAUACUAGUAAAUUAUUUUACGAUUAAUCUAUUAAUAUACAAUGAUAAUUGAUCUUUACCGCGUUAUCGCAUUUACUUUUAUACGUAAGUCAAACAAAGAUUCUUCCAUUAAUCAUCAUUACCCUAGAUGAAUAUUUCCCUAUUUAUUGUAAAAUGCCUAUUUUUUUAGGUAUUGAUUAUAUUUCGUCGUAUAUAUAAUUACAAAUACAAAAAAAAAGAAACGAAAGAAAUACUGAUUAAAUUUAUUAAGAAAAAAAACCCCAUUACAAAAUAAAAAUAAAUAUGUAACUCGAACAAUGAAACUGCCGGAUAUUUAUACAACGUAAAAUUCACUUACUUUUAUUUCGUCUGUAUCAUAAUUAUAAUUAAUAAACGUUAUUAUAAUAAUAUUAAAAUGUAUUUAAAAAUAAAUAAUAUAGCGGUAUAAACUGUAACACGUUAGCUCGUAAUAAAAAUAUUAUCAUAAUUUAAACGCACAAUUACUAUGUACUUGAACACGUUAUGUGUAAAAUAAACUGGCGAAAAGUUAUUAUAUUAAUAAUUGAAUAAAAUAAAAUAAAAAUAA